GGAAGACGGGCAGAUCUCAAGUUGGCUGCGGCUUGGGCUUCGCGUGGGGGAGGGGAAGCAGGUUUUUCUCACUGGAUCUCUGAAUACCCAGGUCCCCUCCACCAUGGCCAGCCGGGGCCGGGGCCGGGGUCGGGGCCAGUUGACCUUCAACAUGGAGGCCGUGGGCAUUGGGAAGGGGGAUGCUCUGCCCCCACCCACACUGCAGCCUUCUCCACUCUUCCCUCCAUUGGAGUUCCGCCCUGUGCCUCUGCCCUCAGGAGAGGAAGGAGAAUAUGUCCUGGCACUGAAGCAGGAGCUACGAGGGGCCAUGAGGCAGCUCCCCUACUUCAUCCGGCCAGCUGUCCCCAAGAGAGAUGUGGAACGUUACUCAGACAAAUACCAGAUGUCAGGGCCGAUUGACAAUGCCAUCGAUUGGAACCCUGAUUGGCGACGUCUACCCCGGGAGCUAAGGAUCCGAGUGCGGAAGCUACAGAAGGAGCGGACCACCAUUCUACUCCCCAAGAGGCCCCCUAAGACCAUAGAAGAUAAGGAGGAAACCAUACAGAAACUAGAGACCCUGGAGAAGAAGGAGGAAGAAGUAACUUCAGAGGAAGACGAGGAGAAGGAAGAAGAAGAGAAGGAAGAGGAAGAAGAAGAGGAGUAUGAUGAGGAAGAACACGAGGAGGAAACUGAUUACAUCAUGUCAUAUUUCGACAAUGGAGAGGACUUUGGGGGUGACAGUGAUGACAAUAUGGAUGAGGCUAUAUACUGAAUAAGGACCCUAAACAACACCCUGGACCUUCAUAUCUUUCUGAUUUAGGUUACAGAGAGUAACUGUCCCUAUUAUAUGGUUUUGUGGACAAGCAAAGCGUUUGCUCAGUGUCCAGAUAACCUGUUUGGUCCCUAAAGAUAGAAAUGGAGAAUGGUGACAGACAGCUCUCUUUUCUGCUCUUCCCUUCCCUCUACCCUUGUGUCACUUCUGAUGUCUGGGCAGAAGAUCAAUGUCUUAAUUGUAUGAAAGGGUUUCAGAAAAGAGGCUCAAAGAAGAACUGGAAUAGUUAGAUCUGAGACAGCUGUACACCUGCCCUCACCCAUUUUUUAUAAUUCUUUGUGGAGAUAAUUGGGGGUGGGGGUAGUUAGGAGGACCAA